AUGCUGAUGCUUGCUCAUUGUUGGUUUGCAGGGUCAGAAUUUUCAGAAGAUACAUUUAUUGCUAAAGUUAAAAUGGAAAUAGUUGUGUGCAAGGAGCAGGUUGAGCCAGUAAUUGACAAAAUAAUUGAGAAGGCCAGAACUGGAGAAAUUGGCGAUGGAAAGAUAUUCUUGAUACCCGUCGCGGACGUUGUAAGGGUACGCACGGGCGAACGUGGAGUGCAUGCGGAGAGGAUGAUCGGCGGUCUGUCAGACAAGCUGCCCCCGGUGAUCACAAUAUCAUGA